GGGAUCUCCAGAGUCAGCCAAACAGAGUAUGACCUUUAUAAUUGCGCUGCUGCACAUCCUAGUCUCGUCUGCCGGAAGGCAGCAUGGACAAACAAAUUAUUCAUCGGCUAUAGUACCAAUGUCAUAACAAAAAUAAAUCAGUUCAUCCAAUUUUCCCCAUCAUUCCCUUUCCCUCACUCCUUUGUCUCUGUUCACUACUACUGUACAGUUCGUUUCCCCGGUUAACCCCCCCCCUGACUGGCCCGCUCGUUGCCCAUUAUCUAUCUUUUUUUUUUUUUUUUUUUGAAUUGAUACCCUUGUGUUCCUCUUCUUUCUGAGCUCAUCAACUUUUGCUGACACAACAAUGGCUGAGACCCAUGCGCAAUUGCAGAAUGGUGCAGAGAUAGAUGUCUAUCCGACCGAAUCCGCUUCCGGACCCAACGUGGCGAAUGCACAGAUCGACGUUCUUUGCGGGCCACUGAUUAACUUCAAAUCCCUGGAUGUCCAGCGUACAUCGUCCGUAUGGCAUGGCAGCGUGUUGGUUGUGACCAAGCCAGGUCCGCAUCAGCUGCAGCUGCACCUAUACCAAGUUGGCCCUGUUUCAUCUGCCGUCCAGUCCAGUGAAGGCCAACCGAAUUCGGAGGUUGUCUUAUACAAUGGACUCAGGCUUUACGAAGACCCAAAAGCAGCUUUCUGGAGAUUUUCUAUCUCGGUUGAAUUAGAGUCCUAUGAAGCUCGCUGGGCAUAUGAUAUUCCAGGAUUGCAGUAUCUUCGCAAGUCUCCAUGGCACUUUGUGGUUCCUUCCGUGAACCAGUCAAUGCGCAUCAUGUUUCAUUCCUGCAAUGGCUUCUCCGUCGGUACGGACAUGAAUGAAUGGGUCGGGCCAAAUCUAUGGAAUGAGGUGAUGCGAGUGCACAACGAGAGACCGUUCCAUGUCAUGAUCGGUGGUGGGGACCAGAUUUAUAAUGACGGUAUCCGCGUUGAUGGUCCACUAAAGGCCUGGACGGCCAUUUCAAACCCCCACAAGCGGCGCACGCACGAUUUUAACAAUUCUCUGAGGGCUGCAUGUGAUGAGUACUACUUCAAAAAUUAUAUUAGAUGGUAUACCGCAGAGCCAUUUAUGACCGCUAAUGGCCGGAUUCCUCAGAUCAACGUCUGGGAUGACCAUGAUAUCAUUGAUGGUUUUGGCUCCUAUACCGACCACUUCAUGAAAUGCGCGGUUUUCCGGGGCAUAGGGGGGGUGGCAUACAAAUACUAUUGCCUGUUCCAACACCACAUCGCCCCUCCCAAGUCGACCUUCACUACGGAUGCCCCCCAAACCACGCAUGCGAUAAAUGGGACGGCCGGCGCUGAUCCUCGGCAGUUAGAAGACACAUUUGUUUUGGAAAAUCAGGCGGAAGAUCCGAGCUGGAUUAUCUCCAAACGGCCAGGGCCCUACGUUGAAGAGAAGGCUAGAAACUUGUACAUGCGUCUCGGUAGACACAUUGCAUUCAUCGGCCUUGACGCGCGAACGGAGCGUACUCGGCAUCAAGUAAACUACCCAGAUACAUAUGAUAGUAUCUUUGCUCGCCUUAAUAGCGAAGUUGCCGCGGCCGACGGGGAAAUUAAGCACCUCAUCUUGCUUUUGGGCGUCCCGAUCGCCUAUCCCCGCCUUGCUUGGCUAGAAAACAUCUUGACGUCCCCAGUUAUUGCUCCAGUGCGUUUGCUAAACAGGCGUUUCGGAAUUGCGGGCAGCCUCUUCAACCAAUUCGAUGGCCAAGUCGAUCUUUUGGAUGAUCUGGAUGACCACUAUACUGCUCGUCAGCAUAAGGCAGAGAGGAAAGAACUGAUAUUGCGUCUGCAGGAGUUCGCCAAGACCCAUUCUAUCCGAGUGACCAUCUUGGGAGGAGAUGUCCACCUUGCCGCGGUCGGGAGAUUCUACUCUAAUCUCAAGCUAGGCAUUCCCAGUGAGAAUGACCACAGAUACAUAGUCAACAUCAUCAGCAGUGCCAUCACCAAUAAGCCCCCUCCCAAAGCCGUCGCCAAUCUUUUGGCUAGGAGAAAUAAGAUCCACCACUUGGACCAUGAUACCGAUGAGACUCUCAUGGAUAUCUUCGACAAGCAGCCGGGGGGCAAAGAAAAAAGUGCUCCAUGGAAUAAAGUGACAAUGCCCUCACGGAAUUUUGCUUGCAUCACUGAAAUCGACACGCCACCUAACAUGAGUCAAAAUGGCAACCCAUCAACCCCCCCGGCGGCUGAUGGACACUCACCACUUCAUGACGGUGAGGCGGGUGCCGGUUCCACGCACAGGGCUGCAGAUGGCAUCAGCAGCGACAGCGGCGUAAGUGGUGGCCUGGAUGUGGCUAUUCGAGUUGAAGUCGACCCGCAUAUCUUAGAAGGGACUACCGAGGGCUAUGGGUUCAGCAUUCCACCGCUGACGGUUCCUUCCAUGGCUAGCCUUCCAUCACGCCCUGCUACCAGCGCUCAUUGAUAUCCUGAAGACAAUAAUGUAUUAUUGUCUUCUGCAUUUUCUUCUAUUCUUUUUGCUUGUAUUCUUCGGGCCCACGUGCUCUCUGGGCGCAGGGUGGAGACUUCGCGUUUCUUCCUGUCUCAAAUUCAUUCCGUUUUGUCCACUUCACUAUACCUGUGGUGCAGCCCUGCUAUCCCGUGCCUUUUUAUUUUUUCCAUCGUAUUUUCCUGUGUAUAAAUGCAGUGCUCCUACCAUAUCUGUAUUUAAUGCAAAGCUUUUUUGGUUGUCAUUUUUCGCCCAAGAAGGACAGGCCACGAGAAUGCACGGAAGUCUAACUAGUAUGGGUGAGACUUGAAAUAUUGCAGUAUACCUACUAGGGAUGUUGGGUGUGGUUGAGAAUAACGCAGGCUAUGGGGCAUAUCCGGGGGACGUGGGUACAUCUAUUUAUUUAAUUAAGCGGAUCAUCCCCAGGGUCGACACUCAACAGAGCCAACGCCCUCUUCCAUCUCCCAAAUCUAUUACUCAGCUUUUAAACUGUUGGGUUUUCCUGUUGAGCUAUUUCUAGAAUGUCACAUCCGCUUGUCUUGCCUACAUUGUCUAGAUUUAGACAAUGGUACUGUUAAUGCAGAGAGCAACGGAUAUUUUUGCUGUUCUGGUCCACAUGCGUCUCUCCACCAGACUUAUCUCCCCCUAUCACACUGACCGAUUCCUGCGUCGAUCAUACUGGUCGAUCCAGGUGGGUGCAAGGGCCAUUGGGAGAGGGGAUAACGGCAGGCCCUGUCGGCUAAUGCUACCAUCUUUCUUGCUUUGAUAAGGGAGCUGAUGUUCGUUUCCAGAUCAGUACAAUAUAUCCAUGGCCAAUCUAG